AGUUAUAAUCAGUCCUUUUAAUUGCACAUUCUUCACCAAUGAGCGGCACUUCUGGCGUCUCUCCAACCAAAUCUUCUCCUCUAACAUUUCUCUGAGGAUUACAAGGUACAGAGGAAUCAUUUCUCCUACACAGGUAUAAGGUUCUGAAAAGUGGAAGUACAGUUGCAGGCCUAUUUAAACAUUUUGUCAAUCGUGGCUUUUAAGAAGUUAUUUGAAGCCUAGAGUGUGGGUUAGACAUCACUUGUUCUUCCCCAAGGCAUAGCUGGUGUAAGAAACCGUUUCAACCACUCUGGCAGUGACAAGUGUUGCAUGAUUUCCUGACUGUACUUCUACAAUCAAAGGAAAUUUCAAAUAUGCAUGCAGAAAAGUUAAAGCUGUUCCUUCAUGGUCUGCCUCCUGAUUGCAGAGGAAACAAUCUGAAAGAUUUUCUUGAAGGUGUGUAUGGCUUGCCUGGUGUCAUCACUAAAGUGAGCAUUCCCUCCAAAAAGACAUAUGCCUUUGUGUCAGUAUCUCAUCCAGAGGUAGCAGAAAGGUUGCUGAGAAAUGCACUGCUGUACUGUGAUGGCAAUGGACAGUUUUACCAAAUAAAGGCUCAACAUUAUGUUAAACAGCCCUACAAAACAAAACAGUGGAGGAAUUUUUCAACAGAGAACAAACCGAAAACAAUUUUAACUUGUGGGGCUAGCCUUCAAAAACCAGGGUAUACACCACCACAACAUGUUCACCAGUUGACUCCAGACUAUAGCAUGUUGUUAUUUUCAAAAUCGAAGAGAAAGAGGAGAAAGAGAGAUGACUCUUUGGUAUGGUUUAUUGGUGUUUGUUCUACUGCAUCAAAAAAGAAACAUAAGAGGAAAAAAAAGAAGAAACAGGCAUUCAAGCAGGAGCUUCACAAAAGUGAGUCAUUUCAAUUUGGUAGUCGGUGUCCAGAGAGUGAUGUAGAAGUGGGAGUGACUUCAAACACCAAAGGGCUAAUUGCACCAAAUGUAACUUGUGCUGCACAAAUUUCUAACCAAGACUUGGCAAAGGAACAAGAAAAUGAUCUGGCAAUGGGUGUAAAAGCCAAUGAAUAUUCAUCCAAAAUAUGCUCAAACACUCAAGUCAUUGUGGACCAUAGCUAUCUCGGUCCACUGUGUUUGCAGUUACCUAACCCAUCAUCAGUUGCUGAUGUAAAAAGGGAGAUUAUGGAUAGAACUGGACUUCCUUUCAAAAUCCAGGUUCUUUACUGUGACGGAAAGAAGGUAUGUGACCGUCUCAGUGUGAGUUCCUUACUUGGUGACAAUCAUGACAGUCUCACACUGACUUUAUCUGAGGGCUCGCUUAAAGGUGGAGUUGGCCCAAAAGAAGAACUGGAACAACAUGAAGGAGCUGUUGGAGGAGGAAGAAAUCGUUUAGUUUCAGAGAAAGAAGGAAAACUAUCGAUGGAAACUUGGAACUCACAAAAAACAGCUGCAUGGCUCUGUGCUGAUCGUGAGGCGUACGUCAAAUAUGCUGAGAUCUGUAGAAAGGAAGACAUUAGUGGACGCGCGUUAUUGUUAUUAGCCUCCAAAGACCCUAGGCAACUGCGUUUGGCUCUUAACUUGAAAAAGGGACCCGAGAUAGUCCUUAUGGACCGUCUUAAAGAGCAUUUAGAUAAAUUUGAGGGGAAGAAAUCCCAAGCAGCCUGCACUUCUGUAGAGGAGAUGAACAGAUGGACGUGCGAGGAGCUUUGUAUUUGGCUUAGGGAACUUGAAAUACCAGAAGAGUGUUUAAGAGAAGCAGAGGAAGAGGAAAUCGACGGGCCUGCCUUUCUGUUAAUGAGAAAUUCUAAUGAACUGAGGGAUUGCUUGAAAUUAAAAGUUGGCCCGUGGAUUGUUCUCCAGCAUGAGUUAUCAUUGCUAGAUGAAGAAAACAGGGAGAAAGACUCACCAGAUAAAUCUCUCCACCCAAUGCAGGUGAAAGAAACUGAUGAGCCAAAAAAGCUAUUGGCCCCAGAAGAUCCUAUGACCCAAACAAUAUCAGAUGCGCCAAAUGUAUCAGCGAAUAUAAAAAACAGUGGAACAGACUCCAUAGAUAAACCUUGUUAUUCAUUAGCGAUGAAAGAUAGGGAUGAGUCUGAAGAGGCACUGGCCACAGAAGAUCGUAAAACCAAAGAAAUAUCAGUUGCACCGCGUAAAUCAGAUAUUAAGGAAAACAGUGGAACAGACCCCGCAGAUGGACUUUGCUCCGCGCUAACGAUGAAAGAUUUGGAUGGGUCUAAAGAGCCACUGUCCUCAGAAGAUCCUAAAACCAUAUCAGAUGCACCAAAUAUAUUAGCAAUUAAGGAAAACAGUGGAACAGACUCCGUAGAUAAACCUUGCUACUCAUUUACGAUAAAAGAUUUGGAUCAGUCUAAAGAACCACUAGCCUCAGAAGAUCCUAAAACCGAAAAAAUAGUAGAUGCGCCAAAAAGAUCAGCUAAUGAAGAAAACAGUGGAACAGACUCCACAAAUGAACUUUGCUCCUCGCUAACGACGAAAGAUUUGGAUGAGUCUAAAGAACCACUAGCCUCAGAAGAUCCUAACACCGAAAAAAUAUCAGAUGCGCCAAAUAAAUCAGCUGUUAAGAAAAAUAGUGGAACAGACUCUGCAGAUGAACCUUGCUACUACGUAACAAUGAAAGGUUUGGACGAGUCUAAAGAGCCACUGUCCUCAGAAGAUACUAAAACCAAACAAAUAUCAGAAGCGCCAAAACAAUCAGCUAUGAAGGAAAACAGUGGGAGAGACUCCGCAUAUGAACUUUGCUCCUCCCUAAUGAUGAAAGAUUUGGAUGAGUCUAAUAAGCCACAGUCUUCAGAAGAUCCUAAAACCAAAACAUUACCAGAUGCACCAACUAAGCCAGCUAUUUCAAAGGAAGAAGAGACACCGCUUUCAUUGCUUAAAAUUGCACUGAAGCUAGACAUAGAAAAUUCAGAAGAUUCUAAGGACAAAAUGGAAUGUCAAGUCAGAUCAAUUUUCUUUAAGCGUGGCAAGGGUGCAAAUCCCUUGGAGAGACUGUUCAAAUUUACUAUUUUAACACUAGAAGAGUUAACAGAUGACAAACCCCGAAAACUAUGGAGGCAAAUAAUAGAAAAUUCAAUGGCGUGGAUGAAAUUGUUAUCUGAUGAAGAUUCUAUCAAAUUUAGGUGGAACGAGGCAUCGAAUGAGUUAGUAUACAGCGAGAGCAGCGAGGAGAUUUCUCUGCGAGAGGGAAGCGUAAGUCAGAUCUUUCUCGACAAGCUCGCGCCUGAGGAAUUCAAAAAGAGUUAUUUUGUUCUACUGAUUGACAAGCAGUUGGAACCCAAGCCCAGGAAAACGUGCACAUGCAGAUUUUCUUUUGACCGAAAAGGCAAGAAAGUUUAUGACAUCAAAUUGAAACUAGAGGGAAAUUAUCACGCGGCAUUUGAUGUCAGCAAUCCGAGUCAAACCUUUAAGUGGAGCAACUAUUUUAAUUCACUCAAGAACAGAAGCAGUGACCUUGUGAAGGUUAACGUAAAUCCUCCUGAAAGUAGAGAUCAAAGACCAACUUGCGAUCAAGUGCUUUAUCAAAUCCCGAGACCUUUUGAUGUGGAGCAUGGGGUAAAACCUUACGUUCAAGGUCGAGUUUUUAGAUGCUGGGAGACUGGGACAAAAGAUAUGAUAACCCCCAUCCACGAGUUUAAAAUAUUCCGAACAGAUGUCAACCCCAUUGUUAACGAAAUGGUUAAAAAAUUUGUUUACGAGACCUUGAGGUUUGCAUGCGCCUGUCUUAACGAAAGAACCAAUGGAACAAUACACUUUGGAGUGGCUGACGAAGUAGAGGACCAAACUUGUGGGUACAAACCAAGGGAAAUUGUUGGUUCUGUAGUCACCAAUGUGCCUCUUUACAAUGACAAACUGAGUGAGUUCAUUGGCAAGAGCUUUGUCGGACGCAGUGGAGCAAUUGCCCAGAAUUGCAUUCGGCCUGCUGUGUUUAUACCCGUAAGAAGUUCCCUUACCGAUGAAGAUUUAAUUAACACAGUGGUUAUAGAAGUCGACAUUGUGCCUUCGUAUUCCCUUUGUAGUGAUGAUAUUUUCAAAGUGUGUUUAAAAGACCUAAAUCGUGGUAAGAAGGACCGUGAAGCGACAGCUUAUAUUAGACUUGGAUCGCGCACCGUGGCGAUUGAUGAUGCAAACAAAAUGGAAGAAUUCGUGAAAGAGCGGCUGCCUAAGUUAGUUGAAGAAAGGAAGAACCGCGAGCAAGUCGCACCGAGACAGUCCUCAGAAAAUAAAGAAUCCAUCAAACAUCUGUUCUUUAAAUUUCAAAGACUUCUGUGCGCAAACAAAGACUUCCUUGAUUCCUCAGUUUACCCGAUUUUGGUGAUAAGUAAACCACAUGCUAGUAUGAGUCCAACUGUUCUCAACGAAACAUUUCGUUUCAUUCAAAAAAUAAAGUGGCUCACAGUUAUCGAUUUCGAUGACGACGGUUCAGAUAGUAGUGGUCUUUGUCAAGUUUUCAAGUCUGGCCCCGACUCCUCCCAGAUCGACAUACACGAGGCGGAGGAUUAUGAUGGCGAUGAAAAUGCAGUUGACAACAUGUACUACAAGACGCACUGGAUAUUUGGGAAUGGCUACCGUAAGCUUGAAAAGGAAGCCUUAGGUUUCAAGCAAUGGAAUAAUUCUAAGCGUAAAAGAGGCUUACUUCAAGUAAUACAAUCUCUUUCUAAGAAGAUUCCAGACAUUAGGGCAGUGGUGCUGUUCUUGCUUCUAUCAGAAGACUAUCAGGCUAUGGCAGAUACUUUCAAAGACUUCUGUACUUGUCUUGAUGGUCCAAAUCAGUUAGUUUAUGUUGCGGAAACUUCUGAGAUUGUGAGAGGCUGGGAAGGUAUCCUUUCCAAUACGUGCUUAGAGGCGAAUGAGCUUCAGGAAAGAGGUGUCGUUGGAAUGUCCUGGCCAGAAUUUCAAGAGUGCGUCCUGCAAAUGGUUUUAGGAUCCGACAAAGAACAGCGUUAUGUCAUUAUGGCAAGUGGAAGUCUCUAUCCCGUGGGAAAGGUUUCUUUUAAUUGCCUUGACAUUGUGAGUGCCAAGGAAUGUGACGAAUUAAACAAUCUAAGUUCUGCGGAACGUUCAAAGCUCUCCUCAGAAGUAGAGACACAUUUUUACAGAGGAUAUCCAGUAGCAUGGAAUAAUUUUUGGUUUACAGAUAAUCGAAACAAUCACGUUCUACGACGGGAUAAUUACUCUCAGCUAAAGGACUUGCUGGAAAAUAUUUAUUCUCGUAAAAGUGAAGGAAGGGUUCAAACGAUCACUAUAUAUCAUCAUAUAGGUGCUGGAGCUAGUACUAUGGCACGUCAAGCCCUGUGGGAUUUUCGGCACAAAGCAAAGUUUCCUUUCCGAUGUGCAGUGGUUACAAGGAUUGACGACAGUACUUGUAAAGAGCUAUUGCAACUCCGGAAAAUAGGCUAUCGGGCGGAAAGUGGAGUACCUUUUCCACCUGUAAUAGCUUUAGUAGAGGAUACAGAUGACCUUUUGUUUCGAGAGUUACGAUCGCAGGUCGUAGAGCAGGCCAGUACAGUUUGUAGGACAGAUUUGCCCGUUUGCGUAUUCCUGUAUUGCAAGACUGCGCAAAAACCUUAUGAGUGUCAUGAAAAAGAAAAAGAAACAAGUAUUUACCUAGAACAGAAGCUUAGUCGAAGAGAAGUAGAAUGGUUCAAAGACAAGUAUACAGAAAUGAAACAAAAAGCUGAUAAGAGAGACCCUGUACCUGAUUUUGAUAACUUUGCCAACGAGAACCUUAUUUCUUUCAUGAUAAUGAAGGAGAAUUAUAACCCGCAGUACGCCUCUAGUAUUGUUAGUAGGAAUUUAGAUCUUGUGACUGGUAAUGAAUUGUCAAUGCUGAAGUAUACUUCUCUUCUAAACAUUUACAACCCGUUUCCAGUCUUCACGGCAAGUUUUGAUUCUUUGAUGUUACCUUCUAGUGUACUCUGUAAGAAAGAAUUCAGAGAUUGGGUGGAAUAUCUUAGCCAUUCAGCACGAAUUUUCUUACGAGAUUUCGAUUAUAGUACGCAUUUUGGCACAGGAAGGGCCAUUGCUAUAGUUCAUCCAAACAUUGCUGGUGAGCUUCUUGAUCAGAUAGCAGCGAGGGAACAAACAUCUGUCAGUCAAGUUACCCUGGAGUUUUUAGAUUCUCCCUUGUUACAAAGUGAAGCAAAGUCAUUCACUUCAGCCUUUCUACUUGACGGGGCAAACAGAAUGCUCAAGCAUCGCAGGAAGUACGAAUAUGGAGAUGACCAACAAACGAAAUUCUCACCAUUAAUAGAAAAGAUUUUGUAUGUAAGAGAUGACUCUGGUAAGAGAGAAACAACAGAAAGAAAAGUGUAUGAAGCGGUUGAUGUCCUAAGGGCAGGGUUGGAGAAGUUUAAAGACGCUAUGCUCGCCCAACAAAUGGCUAGACUUUUUUACGUGAAUGCAGCAAAUUUCGGCGAUGAAGGGAUCGAGGAGUGUUUCCGUAUGGCUUUCAAGUUUUGCACCAAAGCAAUCGAAAUGAAUCCGAAUAAUCCGUAUUUCUUUGAUACUAUGGGUCGCAUUUAUGAAAGAAAAAUGAAGGUCUUGUACGGGCCCAUCCGUGAGGAUAACCGCAUAAUAAACGCACAGUCUGCCAUUUCAGCCAUGGAACUUGCUUUUGAGGCAAUGAAAUGGUUUCAAAAAUCAAUAGGGACGUCUGCAUACUACGAGAAUCCUUGUGGUUUCCGAGGUGAAAUUUCCGUCAUGUUCUACCUACUAGACAUCCUUCGUUGCACAAAACUGUUUUCCGGCCAAGCGGGUUUGAUGAAGUUACAAGGAUAUCUGGCUGUUAGUCAAGUUAUACCACCUGAGGUUGAAGAGCUAUGGAGCAAGUUUCACGAGCCCAUUAAAGAAUUAAAAAAUAUAUUUAAUCGAUGCAUGGAAGCCCUCGCCGAAGAGUUCACCAUCUACAAGGGAAAUAGUGUAGAAGCAAAGCUUUUACCACGUCAAAUUGCUCGGUUUAAGGCUCAAUACCUCAGUUACUUCGGUGAUAGCGAUUUGGACGUACACCCUGAAAAUGCAAGAGAACGGUGGGAGUGCAGGUGGCAAGAGAUCAAUCAGAUUCUUGUUGGAGACAUUUUUUCUACUGUGUUUAAAAUUGAUCAUUCCAAAGCUCAUGAGACACUCGCACAUCUGAAAGAGUUGGCUCAAAAUAAUUAUUGCGAGAAGCUUGAAGACAGGGUGCGGUACAAAGAUUUGCUGCUGUUGAUAACGACAAGUAUGGCGUUUCACUCCCCAUAUGGCGGUAGACGGAAAAAAAAAACAGAUCAAAACCAACUGAUUCAGGAAUAUAAAGAUAUAUUCAAAGUUGUUGAUCAGCUGUUUGCACUAGAAGACUGCGAAGGAAAUAAGAGAAUCUAUGCACAUCUACUUAGAGUUAUGUUUCUCUGGCCACGAAAAGAAUUGGAACUGAGUGAAUAUCAUUUGAAAGACUUUUAUGACGCAAUGCAAAAGCUCAAGAGGAGAUGGAACAAUAAAUGUAAAGGGCAUGUUGACACAGACAAAUUGUCAACAAAGAACAUGUACAAGUUUAUGUCGUUUAAGAAAGAGACCAGGCAGUACACUACUCUUUUCUUUCUGGGAAAAGGGAAGGGGUUAGAUGUUUUCGUUCAUAUAAAUGAACUCCCCUUGUCUCGAAAUACAAAAGGAACACCGGCUUGGGAAGAUGGAAGAAUAAAACAAAGGCUCGAACGUCUCACUGGGGUUGUAGAAAGUAGAAACAUUAUAAAAAUGAAAAAUCCUCUCGAUGCGAAUCAAACGAUCGAUAUCUAUUAUUCUUCCUUUCGCGAGGGAGGAUUUUCCAAGGAAGAGGUUUCAUUUUACUUGGGCUUCAGCUGGCCACAACCAACCGCGUUUGAUGUUAAGUACACCAAGGAAGGUCAUGGCCGAAAGUCAGUGGAAUUAAGUGACCUAGUCCAUGGCGACCAUAUUCAGUUCAGUCUACACAAAUUUGUUUUUACUACGUACGAAGAUUAUACUCUCAGGAAGGGAAAAAUUUUGAAGAAGCUGACUGAAAUCGACGCUUUGAAGAUGAAGAGAGACAGAGGUGAAAAGCUAGAGGAAAAUCAGCUUCAGAAAAUAACCAGAGAGGUAGAUCUCAGGCGGGAGCUUCAACAGUUGAAAGAAACGUUCGAUUCCAUGGAUGCCCUUGAAGAUGAAAUAUUUGAUUAAACCAGGUGUGAAAUAGUGCAGGCUGAAAAUUUUCCCAGACGGCUUCUUUUAUACGCCAUUCAGAUAGAUAGAUGGAGAGAUAGUUUAAAACUGCAUCGCAGCCAAAGGCUGAAUUACACAAUUAUUUACAAAAACUUUACAACAUUUGAAAAUUACAAAUGAAUCCUAGAUAAUAAAUCGAAAACUGAUUUUUAAGAUAAUAUUAAAAAAUUCUGUAUAACAUAUUCAUAUAAAUAUGUUAAAAUGUAAAGCAUGAUUGUAAGUGGGAUAAAACUACAGCCCAGAGUGUUUCGACAUCGCAUAUAUAAACGUAUUACUUGUUCUGUUCGUGCAAAGCUUUGGCAUAUUAAAAAGGCGCUAUCCUCUUAUAUUAUAGCGUGAGUUGACAUGGUCUUGUGGAAGGAGCGCCUUCAAUUUAUGGUUUGGAUCACUGACAAUGUUAUCAAAAAGCCUGCUACAUAGUACGUAACAAUGCUCCAAAAUGGGUGUUAGCCCCACCUCUAUUGCCGAGUAGCGCUUUCCUGAGGUUAUUAUUGAUAUUGCUCUUCUCUCGAGCCGUACCAGCUCUUUCUUUAAGUACUGGGGGAGACCGUUAAAAAGACAGGUGCAGCAUAAUCAAUAACAGAUCUCACGCACGAUACGUAGAACAGUGCUAGAUCUUGUUUCGAAACUUCCGCUCUCUUUAACUGAGUUAAGAAGUAGAGUCUCUUGCUAGCCUUUUUGGUUAUCUCAGUUACUUGGUCGUUCCAUGUUAGAUCGUUCGCUAUUGUAAGGCCUUGUAGCUUUGUGCUAAUCACUAACUCUACCUCCUUUCCUUCUAUGAUGACGGGAUCAAGGACUCUUUGCUCUUUAGCAAAAGAGAUCCUGAGUUCUUUGCACUUAUCGGCGUGUAGUUGGACCCUGUUUUCGCGAGACGACUCAAUUCGCCUUUAUUACGCCACCGCCAUCUUGGAGUACGUCAGCAGAAAUCUGACACGAAAACGAGGUCACGCGUGGUAAACAAACAUGGCAUCGUGUCAGACAGAUAAAAAAACAUUUGAAUUUUGGCAUAGAAAUUUAAUAAAUAUUCCACUUCUUUCAAAUGAUUCGAUUGUAAAAUAUGCAAAAGAUAAUCUCCCUGUCCAGGAGACACUUACUCGAGGCUAUCAAUUUUUUUAACGGAGUUUAUUCACGAUAUAGAAGGUAGGUUUCUAGCUUCCAGAGUUUGUUGUAGUCGGAGUGACAUCCGUCUUUAUAGUUUUGUUCUUGCAUUAGUCCGACUAUGAAUUAAUUUGAUAUUUUCAAAUAAUAACUGCAGUGAAAAUGGUCAAAGAUGCUGAUUUAAGCAUAACGGUUCGAGCGAGAUGCGACCGUAACAGAAGAAAGAACGAGGAACCUCAUUCAUUGUCAGUUGUUUUUAAACGCUCAUCGACGGUUGAAAUAGUGAGAAAUGAUUGCAGUUUUGUGUAUUGCUGACAAGAAUUUCAUUGCGAGAGAAUUUACUUUGACAGACAGUUUUUUUCAGAAAUGCAAGUAAAACUGCACCUUUAUUAUUUUAACUAUCACCUUCCAUUAUGUAUCCAAUAAAGUACUUUAUUACAAAAAUAUUUAUUUUGCAAUUGUCAUUAUGUCAACUACAUGAACCAAGAGUUAGGCUGGGUUAAACAGAAAAUUGUAUUAUAUUUUAACUAUAUAUGGGUAUCUAACAGUGAGAACAACCUCUUUCGCUCUUGCUGACAGUGCGAAAGUG